UGACUUACAUCUGUCAAACACGUUGAAGAUUUGCGGGUUUUAUGUGCGCUCUUCUCCGACUCGUUACGGUAAAGGCUGGACUUUUGUUGUCUGUUCGGGCUGGAGACAGACAGCUGAGCGUGUAACAGCCGUGUGUUCAGAGUUGGAGGUUCAGGCGCGGUACACGGCGUCUCGUCCCGAAACACAAGACGACAACCGAGAAGAGUAACUUGGAUUACUGACAGCAGAUCUGAAGCCCAAAAGAAAAUUUGCUCAUGUUGCGUCUCUGUUAGUACGCAGACCAAAAACAUUGCAUUUUCCACCUUUAUGAGCAGCAGUCUCUUCGGAGAGGGGCCGCACCUUCAUCAACAUCAUCCAGCGAUCAUGCAGGAGUGAGGAGGCACCCUGCUGGUAAAGCGGAUCUGAAGAUCUACGUGAUCUUCUGAGCGAGAAACUCCUAAAAGUUUUCAGAGCAAAAGAGAUCAAGGAAGCCAAAUAAGGAAGAAGUGGUCGGUUGGAUUGGCUGAGGGGGGACACAGAGGGGCUGGAUGCUAACCUCUAUUCUUUCGAGAAGUUCCCAAGUUCCUCAGAGAUGGCCUCCAACUUCAAUGACAUUGUCAAGCAGGGCUAUGUCCGCAUGCGGAGCAGAAAACUGGGGAUUUAUCGACGCUGCUGGCUGGUGUUUAAGAAGUCGUCCAGUAAAGGUCCUCGCCGACUGGAGAAAUACCCUGAUGAGAAGUCUGCCUACAUCAGAGCUUGUCCUAAGGUAACAGAAAUUAGCAACGUAAAGAACGUGACGCGGUUGCCACGCGACACCAAGCGGCAAGCAGUGGCCAUUGUCUUCACAGAUGACACUUCUCGAACGUUCACUUGUGAAUCAGAGCUGGAGGCCGAAGAGUGGUUCAAAACCUUGUCUAUUGAGUGCCUGGGGAUGCGUUUGAACGACAUCAGUCUUGGAGAACCGGACCUUCUGGCAGCUGGAGUUCAAUGUGAACACACAGAGCGCUUUAACGUAUUCCUGCUCCCCUGCCCCAAUCUUGACAUCUAUGGGGAGUGUAUGAUGCAGAUCACACACGAAAACAUCUACCUGUGGGAUAUUCACAACCCUCGGACCAAGCUAGUAACCUGGCCACUAUGCUCGUUGCGACGUUACGGGCGGGAUGCUACACGUUUCACUUUUGAGGCGGGCAGGAUGUGUGACAGUGGUGAAGGCCUGUAUACUUUUCAGACACGAGAAGGAGAGCAGAUCUACCAAAGGGUUCAUUCUUCCACUUUAGCUAUAGCUGAGCAGCACAAGAGAGUCCUCAUGGAAAUGGAAAAAAACAGCAAGCUCCUCUCUAAGGGUACAGAGGGAACGUCCUACCCCUGCACCCCCACUGCAAUCUUACCGCGAAGUGCUUUUUGGCACCACAUCACCGGAUCACAGGCUGGCAUGGAUUCUGCCAACGGUGACAUAUACAGCGAUAGUCAAUCAGGAGUGGACGCUGACCUCUUCUCUAAACGCCUUCCUCCAGAACGACACUCGACUCUUCCUGUGGGCCACCACUCGACCCAGCCUCAAACGCACUACCCCACGUAUCCCAGCGAGUGAGCAGCGUCACAGUGAAACACUCUUGUUUUUUACCUCUAGACCGCCCUCCACACUGCACUUUGCCCUAUGUUUUUCCAUCAGCUCUUCAUCACCAGGGGCCAGGGGCCUGAUCCACACUGCCUCAGCCAUCCCUGAGCCCGCCAGUGAUAGUGAGGGCACUUAAUAUGGAAAGAGGGAAGGCUCACGGCAGUUCGAUUGGAGAGGGGGGGCCCACAGACCCUAAAGAAGACAUGAGAGGGGAAGGGUUCCCAUGGUCUCUUGCCGGGUUUUGUGGGAGUAGAGAUAGGUUUUUAAUACCUUUAAAUAGAUUCUCAUGCACGUACUUCAACCCUAUGCAUGUCCCCUGAGGUAAACAGUUUAGCUAUGGAAGAGCUUCAUAGACACGUAUAAAAGUCCUGUCGCUGUGGUCUACGUUGAAGGGUGUCUGAGAAACUACACAGACCCAGCCGAGGGCCUCCAGUUUGACCUGUUUUAAGCUUAAACAACUCUUCAACAGCAGAAGCUUUAAUCGUAAUACUGACUUACAUGACCUGCCCAAGACCAGAGGACUCUGAGGAACCAGGAGCCCUUUGUAAAGAAUUUGGGAAGUGACAUUUCUUACAUUUGUCAGUUAUACUUUAUUUAAAGAGACUUUAAUGGGCGGUUACAAUAAACACUGUCUCUGCAGUCUUACGUAAUGAAGAAAGCCAUCUGGAUGAACGUGACGGUUAAAUCCUUUCCCUGCUGAUGUCAUCCAUGCGCUUUGUGUUUUAGGGAGAGCUAAGAAAUGAAAUCUGUUUCUGAGAGAAACAGAAACGAGAAAUAUAUUCAGCUGUGGUGGCUAUGUGACAUCGCUGUUUUUAUGAACUAUUUAUUUAUUUAUUUAAAUUUACCAACAAAGCACAAGACAAAUUGAGGUGUGUGUGGUAGAUUUUCCUUUCUUUCAGCAGUUGUGUAUGUAAAAGGGUUUGUACCAGCUCUGUAAAAGAGGAGGAAAAUAUCUUAAAUAAGGUGGUAGGCCUCACAAUAAAUGCUUCUUGCUUUUCAUGUUUGUCUGCUAUUUUCUAAGGCAGUAAUUUUCAUGUUAUCAAGUGUAUCACCAAGGUCACCGAUGUAAUUUCUCUGCAAACCUCUAUAUUACAUGACUAAACCAUGAUUUGAAGUAUUCUCAGCUUUAGUAAUACUGUUUUUAUCAUACUAUCACUCUCUUAGUAAUAGUACGUUGUAGGAUUGUGAGCUGGGUGGCUCAUAGGGCUGGGCAAAAAAAGCAAUUUUUCGAUUAAUCGUUUUUUUAAAACGUGGUCGAUUAAAAAUCGAUUCUCAAAGAGCAGAAUCGAUAUUUUUUUCAUAUUUAUUUCCGCAAACAUUGAACGGAGGAAUAGAAGCAUUUUAGAUUUCGCAAGCAAGAAGUGUUGUGGCUUUUAAUUUCUUUUUAUUAAUUACCCACUUGUAAACUGCUGUUCACUGUUCUUUUUUAUUAAUAUAGUAUGUGUAUUAAAUCUAUAUUUAUUGAGUUGAAUCGAGAAUCGAGAAUAAAAACCUACAUGAGAACCGGAAUCGAAAAUCGAAUCGAUUUGAUAGCUUGUGAAUUGAAAUCGAAUCGAUCUGGAACAUCUGAAUCGAUACCCAGCCCUAGUGGCUCAUACGGCCAACAGGAGUUUGAGUUUGGCUUACAUCUUGUUCCCUCUGUUAAACUUAACCAACUUACAUUUUUAUGCUGUUCAGACAGUUUGUGCAAGUUUGGUGUUGACGUACAACACUGUAAAAGAAAAAUUUGGGUUGUUUCAACUUAAAAAAGUACGUUACUUGGAUGCCUUAAAAAUUUUGAGUUCAUUCAACUUAAAAAUAUUAGUUGACUCAAAUAAGGUUAUUGUCAAAUAAUAAGUUGAAUGAACUCAAAAUUUUAAGGCAACCAAGUAACUAACUUUUUUAAGUUGAACAAACCAUAGUUUUUUUAUCACAUCUGCUUGUUAAGUUAUGACGUAAAAAACAUUUCUGGGUCCACACGCUUCAUAUGAGACAAUCUCUACAGCCGCUUAUGAGCAGUAUAUAUUCAUAUUACACAUGUAAGCUAUAUUAACUCGUGGUGUACAAUACAUUAUCCAAGCUCAGAAUGUCCCAGACAACAGUACUAACAAUUCAUAAAAGAUUCAUUACUUUCUGGCCAUCUGGGUCUAGAGCCUGUCAUAAAGUUUUUAUAUAUUAGUUCCGUUUGUUGUUUCCUUAAGGCAUCUAAUGGAGCAUUUGGACCCUGAAGUUGAAGUCAGACUUAACAAAUGGAGAGCUGGUGAACCACCAUACACUCUAAAAAUGGCUGGGUUAUUUUUUACCCAUAAUGCGUAAAGUUUGGACAGAACACAUGCUGGGUUAAAAAUUACCCAAUGUUGGGUUGUUGUUAUGCAACCAUGGGGUGUAAUAAUAACAUAGCGGUUUGGUUAAAACAACCCAGCACUGGGUCAAACUUAACCCAGCGGUGUGUUCUGUCCAAUAUUUACCCAUUAUGGGUCAAAAUCCCAGCCGUUUUUAGAGGGUAGCCAUGCUGUUUACUGGUGAAGCUGAACUGUAAAAAAAAAUACACAGCAUUUUUGUCAAAUCAACAUAUAUUUUUAUGCUAGUAAAACUGCUUCAACUAGUUUUUGUUAUGUUAACAAUUCACAGGUCAAAACUUGAAAUAAUAUGCUGACAAAGUUGUUUUAACUUCAUGCUGCAUUAUUUUACAGUGUGGUUAACACAAGUAGUCUUGCCGGUUAGAAGGCAUAAGCACACCAACAUCUAAAACAUGUCUUAUGCUGGUCUUAUGAAAGGACCACCCUAUUUUUGCAUCAUUUCCUGUUUUUGCUUCAAUACCCCCAUAUAAAUAAAUAUUGAAAAAGCUACAAGCAAAAUGAAGAGAGCUCAGUACAGAAUGUGUGCUGUCUGUGUGAUUGACUGAUCUUUUCCGAGUUCAUUUUUGAGGUGUUACUACCUGCUGCUAAAUAUAAAUUCAUGCAGUUCAUUCAAAAAAAGUUUCCUUGUGUCAUUUAUGUUCAAUUUAAAAGGGCUUAUUGAAAAUAAGCUGUUUGUUUUAUUGAGUGUUACUGAAUGACAGGCAGCUGUAGCUAAUGUUUGUGUACUAGGUUGAUAUGAGUAUACAUUUAGAUAAUACAAAGAUGAAUUUAUCACAAUGCCCCCUAAGACAAACAACACAUUCUUAGUGAAAAUUGUGUGGUGCUUUAUUACAAAAGUGACCCCCCCUAAGCUCGUACUGAUUUUGGCAAGUGGUUGAUGUCCUCUGGGCAACAUUUUUCUAAAUUAAACCUGAACCCAACCAUAACCAAACCCUAAAAUCAGAGGGACAUGAUAAGUGAAAAACAAUGGUCUACAAACAGCUAAUCCUGGUUGUAAGCUUAAACUUAAAACAACUGGAAACUUAUUUCUGAAAUCUGAUUGGUUGAUUGAAAUGUUGUCCCAGGGUCAACAUAACAUUGCCCUGAGGACAUCAACCACUUCUCAAAAUCAGAAGAGCCAUCUAUAUAAUUAUUGUUCCAAAAUUGUUCCACAUACGAAACCGUGCAAUAUAUACUACAUUUACAUCAACCACCAUACACAUCAAACCACACAUCAGUAUAUACAUGCCAAAAGCUGUUAUUUUAUCAUUUCUUCCCAGGCAUUUAUCCUAAAAAUCUAUCCUCAAAUUUAUUAAUUAGCCCAAUGUGAGUUUUAUGUUUGUAUGUGGAGUCCUGUAAGCUUCAUUGGCUGGCAUUAAUAACUAGAAGUCCUGUGAAGUACUGAGAUGUUUUCCAUGUCUGUCUCAAUGCUAAACAUUAGCACCGCUUUGAAGGUUAACACUAACAUAUGAGAGUGAUGUCAUGAAGAAGGUCCAUAAAAUCAAUAGAAAACUUUGCUUGUUGUACUGAAGCACACAUUUCUGUGCUGUAUUUGUCAGAGAUAAACCAAUAAAUUGAAAGUUAUUUACUGGAUGCUGUGUUAGUUUUGGGAAAGUUCAGAUUUAUCUCUGAGCAUGUUAUUAUCAAGAGGAAUCCAUUGCAUGUGUAUUCAUUGCUAAAUGACAUGUGUUCUGUAAUAAUAUUUUACAGGGUUUUUUUUUUCAAUAAAACAAAAACUGUUUUUAUAAAAUGAAAAAUUAUUUUGCUUUUUACAUGUUAAUUUUUUCAAGUGGUAAAACCU